AUGCCUCCGGACAUAGCAUCCAUCGAGGAUGCAGUUCUGGACGCCUACCUCGGGUCUGUUGGCUGGCCGGAGGGCAUCCUUUCGAGCUUGGAGCUGGCGCUGUGCUGCAAGGUUCAUCGGCGCCAUUCGCCGAGCCAACGAUUUCCCAAAUUGCUCUAUGGGACGGGAUUGAAUAUAUCGCGGCUAUUCUACUCGGCUAUGGCCCAGCACUUGGCCAGCAUGGGCUUUGAAGUUAUCGCCAUGGACCACCUCUAUGAGACGGACGUGGUUCAGUUUGCAAACGGCGAGCUUGUCUUUCGAGGUCGCAUAGGUAGGGACUCGGGAGAUGAUGACGCCAAGGCUCGCGGACUCGACGUUGAUGCAUCCUUCGUCAUGGACUUUUCGACUUUCAAAUGGCUGUCUACGUCGCCCAAUCCGGCCAUGCUCAGCAAGCCAAGCAUUCUCGGUGGCGUCAAUCUAGAUGGGGAGCUCUGGGGAGGAGUCAGAAAGCUAGGCGUCUCCCGGCCCUUUCUCUUCAUGGGCGCUGAGGACCAUAACACAACUUCUUUCCCUGGCUGGAGCGAGUUUUGCAAGGCAAUGUAG